AUGGCCACGCUACAGCAUCUGAACACGUUUAUCUGUGAGCGGCUCACAGCGGCGGCUGUGGAGAUUUUCGGGGCGGUGGAGGAAACGUUGAUAGAGUACCAGGCAGAAGUCAGCCGAUCCAAGCGGGAGUUAGGUCACCUGAGAACGCUGUUGCACUGGCCUGAAGUCAGAUUACAUAAAGCUAGACCAGCAGCUCAUCGGGUCGGUCCUCAUUGCUGCGAGAAGGAGGCUUCUCCUGAGCGCUGCCAUGAGGAGGAGUGGACCCCAGACGUGAGCCCGGAUCACCCGUGCACCCUGCAUGUUGAAGAGGAACCUGACCAGAGGGCUGAUCAGCAAGGACUGUGCUGUGGGCAGCAGUGUGAUACCACCAGGUGUCCUCACUUUGUGAAAAGAGAAGGUCACGAGCAGACACCCUCACGCCUCUACAGAAUAUUAACUGUUGAACAGACAGCAGAUAUCAAAGCUGAGUCUGAUGGUCGCGUGUUAAUAGCAUCUCCAUCAACCUUGGAGGCCGAGAUCCUCUGUGGAAUAAAUCCAGACUCUCCUGGACUUCAGCGAGAAACUCUAAAAGAUCCUCCUGAGAUCACUCAGCGUGAGCGAGAUGUGCUUGAUGAGCAGCAGUACGUUGAACAAGACCGGAGCCCCUGUCAGGACUACGAGGACCCGGAUGCCCCUCAGAUCAAAGUGGAAAAGUUUACAUCAUCUAGUCCUCAGGAAGAUACUGACCACGACUACAAACUCCCUCUUCAGUCACAGAGCAGUGUUCAUGUUGAGCCUCAUUCUUCAAGCCACAGCCAGACUCUGACCAACAAAACAUCUUACACAGCAGAGCGAGAGAGAAGAGAAGGAGAAGGCUGCAAACUGUCUCGACUGGCCAGAGUUUCUCAGUCUUUCUAUUCUGUAAAUCAAAGUGAAUGUGAUAUAGAGAAUACAGAUGGUGCGGUGAAUGGAGAAUGGAUUAAAACGUUCACACCAACAGGAACGAGGCAAAAGAAAAGGCACAACUCCAACUUGCUUAGUGAGAAAGGAGACUGGACUAUUGGACUGGAAGAAGACAUAAAUGAUCUCAACAGGGAGAGAAGACACAUUUGUCCCAUCUGUGCGAAACGUUUUAAAAAUUCUGGCCACUUGAAGGAUCAUGUGAGAAUCCACACAGGAGAGAAACCGUACCAGUGUAAGGAAUGUGGCGUGAACUUCAAACAGAGGGGAACUUUGACUUUGCACACGAGAAUCCACACGGGGGAACGGCCAUAUCAGUGCACCGACUGUGGUCGGCGCUUCAUUCGGAAACACGACAUGAAGAAACACAGGGUGACACAUACGAGGGAAAGACCCCACCUGUGCAUGGAUUCAAGCCGUCAUCACCAUGAACACUCUGAACCAACAGUAUGAGGAGAAGGUGCGUCC